CUAGUUACUACAAUAAUAUUUUCAAUAAAUCAUUAUAUUGGUGUUAAAUGCCGGCGCCGACGUGCCAGUGCUAUGAGGAGCCAAUCCGCAACUACUACUGUUACUAUGACACGCCCGAAGGGUGCGAUGUUGACAAAAAGAUGAUGGUGACCACACGCUACGGGGUUAUAGCAGGACUAGUAUUGUCUACGUACGAUGUCCUACUGCACUCGCACGCCUCAGGACUGGGCCCCAUUUUGAAGAGGUACGCGGUCCACACAAUACCGCUCGGCUUGAUGGGCGCCACGUUCGCUGCUGUCGCCAACGGCGCUAUGAUAUACAGGAAGCAGGAUGAUGUAUACAACUAUUUCCUAGGAGGAUUCGCCUGCGGCCCAAUCCUCGCGCACUACCUCGGUUCGAAGCACGCCGUCCUCCUCGGCGGCAUAGCGCUGGGCAUAGUCGGCAUGAUUAAGAAGGACGCCAUCAACAACUGCUAUACGCUGCUGCCGGACGCGACUCCUCACAUGAAUACAGUGUGGAAGUGGAGGCAUGACUUUACGUUAUCUGAGGACCCGAGGAAGGAACAGGAGAAAAUAUGUGCUGAAAAGCAUACACAUGGGCGUGGAAAAUGUGGAGAGAAAAAAAAUUGACCGGACUGAAUAAAAACAAGCCAACAUAUACUUGAAUUGCCU